AUGUUAGAGUCUAACUUCAUUGCCAGAGUCGCGCCAAUUGAAGAUAAUGGAACGAAUGUUGAUCACUGCAUGUCGUUCACAUAUGCCGCACACUUAGCGCCAAUGACUUCAGCAAUCGCUAAGCUCAUGAGAGCUGUACCUAACAGGAAUCAUACUGCGGAUUGCCCAUUUUCGGGAUCAUGUGCGCGUUCUAACUCUUGGUACAGAGACACGUACGAAUUAGCGGAUGUGCUUCAUAUCAUGCAUGCUCAUGGGGUGUCACCAAGAGAGCACGUUAGGCCACUCAGUGUCUCAAUGUGCCAUAUGAUGACUCUCCUUCUAGUUAGAGGACAAUUUCAUAGAUAUGGUAGGAGAAUCUUGCAUUCGAACACAAAAUGCUCGAUGCAGGUCGAGACUUUCCUAACCAGGCUUAGCUUGGACUAUUCACCCGGGCAGCUACACUAG